CGGAUUGCGGUUAUUUAGUGGAAAGUUUUGGCUUUGCAAAAAAAUUAAGAGGGGAAAAAAGUCGGCUGCAUUACGUUGAAGCCCAACCCUCUGCCAUGAGGCUGGAGGUAGAACAACAUCUGUGGACUGGAAUCGGGGAAUGCGCCUGCCAGUGAAGUGUGAAAAUAAACGCCAAUAAAACGUGAAUCAACACGAAAAUAAACCGAAUCAAAGCUGGAAGGAAAAUGAAGCGAAUGAAUACUGGAUUAAACUCGUUCGUUUACCGAUGCCAACGUGCGAUUCCGGACAGUUUUGGGGGCCUGUACAGCAGUUCAGUUUCUGCCUGAUUUAAUUUUUGAUGGGCUUGUCUUUCGUCGGGGAAACAACUACAAUUUGAGGUAACGCAAUCUACAGAGGCUGCGACUGUUGCCACAUUUCCGCACGCGACUCUCUAUAAAGAAAGAAAUGUGGAGAAGCAGGGAACGCAACAUGCAACAUUGAAACAGCCACACGUUAAAUGGAAAGGUCGAUUGGAAAACUUGAUCGAUUUUAAAAGAAAGAACUUCCCGUCUAUUGUCUCUCAAUCCUGGGAUCCUCUACUCCUUGACGCCUCUCCCACACCACUAAAGCAGAAGUCACGCAACCAACUCUUGGGGGGAGAGCAACGGUAAUUAAGGCGACUGCGUAACGAAAGCCAAAAAAAAACUUGCAACCAAGGUGCACGCGACAACCGCACCGCUGUGGCGACCACUGGCCGGCGGCCAGAGGCAUUGGAGCACAAAAACUCAAAAGCCAAAGAAAAUGAAAUGAAAACCGGACAACACCCAUGACAAUGAAGCAAAAGGCAACAUGCAGUGGCAACCAGCAGCAGCAGCAGUGGCGGUCUGCGUAAUACCAGAAGUAGUCAACAGGUGAACAACUCUUCCAAGGGGAGCUGGAGCUUGCCCCGAAGCAGGCCAGGGGGACGCUGUGGCGCAACGAAACGCAAAGGCAAACAAGUUGGAAUGGAAUCGGGUGGCGUUAAACGAAAGUAAAAUUCAAAACAAAAUAAAAAUCCAAAUAUUAUUAAAGCAAAUAACCGAUACGGCCAGAGGGAACUGGAUAAAGCACUACAAUUGGUAGAAAGAGAUUCUCCAAAAAUGGAAAAUAAUUCGGUAGAUUUUUGGUACAUACUUAUUUUGUAAAAUGUUUCGUUUUAAAUGUUAAGCAAAAUUCCUCCACCUAAUGAUUGUAGCGCAUGUCAACCUCUACUCUUUUUAUUUUACGACAUUAUUUUUCCCCCUUGGGCGAUGAAUCGCUGGUCAUCUGGAAAGUGGACAGCGGACACCGGCAGAUACCAAAUUGCGGAAUUCAUACCACGAGUGUACGAAAAAACUGGCCAUAAACAAAACACAAAAAAAAAAACCAACACCAACUAUUGUCAAUGGUUUGGUUUUCGUCCAACAUUUCUCCGCGAUGGUCCCAGCACUUGGUCUCCAGCCAGCAACGGAAACGGUUGGGUGUGCGGAUCGCAGAUCAUAGUUUGAAUAUCUUUCGCACUUCCAUCCAAGGAUUUACUUUGUUGAUUGCUUAAACAUGUUGGCUUUAACAAACUGGAAAUUGGCAAUCAGUUUGUGCAUUAUCGCUGCGGUUUAUGUGAGGCCAGGCUCCUGCGGCGCCUAUACGCGAGAGAUUGUGAACGAUAAGCCACCGCUGCAGGAGAGACCCGCCUGGCUUAAGACCUGCAAGCGUUCCAAUCCCAAUGAGGACAAGUGCUUCCGUCAGCUAUUCGAAGGAUGCUUCCCAGCGCUGGCCGCUGGCAUACCAGAGAUCGGUGUUAAAAGCUUCGAGCCGCUAAACAUCGAUCAAGUGUCCGUGUCGAAGGGCAGUGGGAAUCUAGUGCUGUCCGGCGGAUUCCAGAACCUGGUUAUACGCGGCCCCUCCAAUGCGACAGUGCGAAAAGCCAGUUUGGAUCUGGAGCGACGUCUGCUGAGCUUUGAACUGGUGCUGCCGCGUCUGCGGAUACGGGCCAAGUACAAUCUGAAGGGAAACAUUCUGCUUCUCCCGCUAAUUGGCAAUGGGGAUGUGGCAAUGGCCUUGAAGAACGUGCACACCACAGUCUACACGAGGAUCUCGCUUAGGAAUGAGACCCGGACGGGAGAUGAGAUCAUCCACAUUGACGAGAUGAAGGUCAGCUUCGAGGUGGGGGCCAUGCGAAUCCAUCUAAAGAAUCUGUUCAACGGGAAUGAUAUCCUGGCGGCCUCGAUCAACACGUUCUUGAAUCAAAACGGCAACGAGGUGAUAGCCGAACUGCGGCCAGAUCUGGAGCUGGGGCUGGCCGACAUCUUCCAUGGCCUGUGGAACAAUGUCUUCUCGAAGAUGCCCACCAAGCUGUGGCUGGUCUAGCAGUGGCGUGGCAUCCA